AUGGGAUUGAUGAAUAGUUUAGGCAUCUUCCAGUCAUAUUUGGAGGAGAACGAGCUGAAGCAUUUCUCAUCCAGCAAAAUUGCCUGGAUUUUUGGUAUCUACUCAUUUCUUGCUUUUUUCUGUGGUAUCCAGGUCGGACCUAUAUUCGAUGCAAAGGGACCACGAGCUCUGAUAGUUUGCGGUGCUAUUGGAACAGUCCUCUUUCUUGUUCUUCUGGGCUUUUGUACACUAUAUUGGCAUUUCAUGUUGGUCUUCGGCAUUAUUGGAGGGGUCAGUUUGUCGCUCACUUUCAAUCCUGCAAUUUCCAUCGUCGCGCACUAUUUCAAUCGUCGGAGAGGCUUAGCAACUGGAAUAGCCUCCUCUGGCGCGUCAUUUGGGGGUCUUAUUUUCCCUCUACUCUUCCAGAACGUGGUUUCUAAAGUGGGUUUUGCAUGGGCCACUCGUGUAAUCGCACUCGUCAACCUUGUCACUUUCGUGAUUGCGAUUAUACUUAUUCGGCCAAGAUUCAAGCCAAAGACGAGUACAAUUGGCGCAAUCGUUCCAGAUAUAUCUAUUCUUGGAAAUGUUAGUCUUAUGCUUGCAAGCAUGGGAAUGUUCUUCAUGGAGUGGGGUCUGUUUGUUCCGAUCACCUAUUUGACCUCCUAUGCCUUGUCUCGAGGAAUGUCACCCCAAUUUUCCUUCUUGCUCUUAUCUUUGAUCAAUGCCGGUGCUAUUUUUGGCCGAUGGAUACCGGGUUACUGCGCUGACCGCAUUGGCCGGUUUAACACAUUCAUAAUCACUAUUUUUGGCUGUCUCCUUUUCACUGCUUGCCUAUGGAUGCCUGCCAACUCAAGCAAGCCUAUUGCGACAGUCUUUGCUCUGCUUUUUGGAUUUUUCAGUGGAAGUAAUGUCAGUUUGGCGCCAGUUUGUAUUGGUCAACUGUGCAGGCUGGAAUCUUAUGGACGAUAUUAUGCGACCGCAUAUGCUAUUGUCAGUAUCAGGUAUGAUAGAGCUUUUGAUACUAAGAUCACCUCAUAUCAUCACUUUCUUUUGUAUGUUGACACUUCUCUUAGUACUUUGACAGGAAUACCGAUUGCUGGAGAAAUUUUGACGAGAUGCAAUGGUGAGUAUUGGGGCUUAAUUUUGUUCACCAUCGCUAGCUAUGCAGCCAGUCUCGUCUGUUUACUUGCUGCAAAGCUCUACAAUUGUGGCUGGGCUGGAUUCAAAGCAAUAUUUUAG